AUGGACGGCUCUCACUGCUGUACAGUCUGUGGAGCCAUGCUCCAGAUAGAUGACGGUCACGACCUGUGUCCUGCCUGCCUUGGACAUGACCAUCUGGUGGAUGCCCUGUCAGAGAACCCCUGCAUGAAUUGCAGCUUCAUGUCGCAUGCUGUGAGGGCGGCCCGGCUGGCCCAGUUUCGCCCCAAACUCGGCGAUGACCUCCCGCCUUCUGGGCAGGAGGCUCCACCUAGGCGCUCGAAGCGCCGGACUGAGGCCGCAGUCUCUGUGGCCCCUCCUGGGAAGAAGCGAGCCAGGUCUGAUAGGGGCCUCUCCACAAGGGUGGAGCAGCUCUCCGCUGAAUUAGCGGAGAUGAAGUCCCUUUUUCAGGUACACCAACUGGGAACUGAACCAGUGGCAGCAACUGGACUCUCCUCCCCACCCAUGCCUGAACUGGCUGUGGAGGAGGAUGUGCUAUCCUUGGCUGCCUCCGCCUCUCACUUUUUAGGUGAGGAGGACGGGCAUUCAUCUCGAGUCUCAGAGACAGCUUCACUCUCUUCUUCUCGGAGUGCAGUUAGUGGGUCGGGUGACGGCUCGAUGCAGGACAUCAUGCGUAUGGCCCUGAGACAACUGCAGCUGGACGUCCCGCAACCAGAGGCGUCCACCCCUGGAAGUGCCUUCUUCAGGCGCGGACUGACCCCUCCUUCCUUUUCUGUCCCUCCAUCAGAGGAGUUCCUGAGGGAGUUGCAUGGUUGCUGGCGGGACCCCAAGGCCUUUGCGCGCCUCUCUGCAGAUGGCAGAGUGUUGGCGGCCAUGCAUGAGCCGGCUGCAGCAGGCUUGGAUCGCAUGCCAGCGAUAGAACCUGCUGUUGCCUCUCUCAUCGUGUCACCAGAUGAAGCUCUGCGCAGUCAUGGGACUAGUGGUGCGACAGCAGCGAUGGGCUUUAACGAUGCAGCGCUUCAGGCCUUUGCACUAAUGACGAGGGAGCUUGGGCGUGUGAUGUCCUCCUUGGUCCAAGCUCGCCGACAGCACUGGAACGGACUGUCCAGGCACGACAGAGAAGGCAGCAAUUUUCGAGCCUUAGCAGGCCAAUGCCCCCUCCACCUCCUCGGCAUCCAAGGCACCUGUCGGCUGGCUCCAGCAUGCAGCCGCCGCCUGGGGGUCAUAACCGGCCGGGUGGUCCUUACCCUCAUGCGGUUCAGCAAAGGCCCAGCAGGAGCUCUCGUGGGUUGGUCCACCGACCAGCUGGGCAGGCUCGGACCAGGGACUCUGGCUGCCGCCCCCCCACGGCCCCUAGGGGUCGUGGAGGGAGACGGUGAUGCCAUCAGGCCGACCGUCGGAUAUUUCUCCCACCAGCAGCUCAGCUAUUGGGUUGCUCACGCCGUGGACCCAUGGGUGGUUGCCACUCUGACCCAUGGUUACCGGCUACAGUUCCGACGGCGGCCUCGUAUCUCAGGCCGGGUCAAGAUGACUGUAAUCGCCGACCCGGUGAAAGCUCAAGCACUAGACCAGGAACUUUCCGCCCUCCUGGCCAAGGGCGCAAUAGAGGCAGUGGACCCUCUGCAACAACCCAGGGGCUAUUACUCGACUUACUUCCUUGUGCAAAAGAAGACGGGCGGGUUUCGUCCCAUUUUAGACCUGAGGGGACUCAACCAGUACCUAAAGGAGCUGCCCUUCCACAUGCUCACAACAGCAGAAGUCCUUCAAGCUGUCACAAGGGAAGAAUGGUUCACGUCUGUAGACCUGAAGGAUGCAUAUUUUCAUGUGCCUAUUGCGGCAGAACAUCGCCGCUUUCUCAGGUUUGCCUAUCGGGGUCACCACUGGCAGUUCCGGGUACUUCCAUUCGGGCUCUCUCUCUCCCCAAGGGUGUUCACUCGGUGCGUGAAGGCAGCCCUCUCUCCUCUGCAGGCCUGCGGAGUGAAGAUUCUGCCGUACUUAGACGAUUGGCUUCUCUGCGCCCCGUCUCAGGCCUGUGCCUUUCACGACACAAACCGCCUGCUCGCUCAUAUGUCCCAGUUAGGCCUCAAUGUCAACCUGGAGAAGAGCUGCCUGAUCCCUUCCCAGACGACCACCUUUCUUGGGGUGGUUCUGGAUUCAUCUUCAAUGAGAGCUCGCCCAUCCGCUCAAAGGGUGGCCGGCAUACUCCAGCUGGUCAAUCGGUUCAGGCUGGGCAAGCAGCUCCCCUAUGUUGCCUUCCUGCAACUACUCGGCAAGCUGACAUCAGUCACUCGGGUGGUGCCCUUAGGCCUGCUGUCACUUCGCCCCUUGCAGAGGUGGCUCAACAGCUUUCGCCUGGAUGCCAGGCUGCACAGGCAUCGCAAGCUCGCAGUGACGUGGUCAUGUCUUCAUGCCUUGACUCCAUGGAGGGACGAAGAUUAUUUGUCCAGGGGUGUCCCCAUGGGAGUGGUAGUGUGUCGCAGGGAAGUGGUCACAACGGAUGCCAGCUCCAUGGGAUGGGGGGCUGUAUGGCAACGCAGAGCGGUUCAGGGCCGCUGGGGUCAAAGAGACCAUUCCAAGCAUAUAAAUGUGCUGGAGCUGCGUGCAGUGCACUUGGCACUCAGGCACUUCCUGCCUCACCUGGAAGGGAGGCAUGUACUUGUUCGGUCAGACAACACCUCUGUUGUCUACCACAUCAACCAUCAGGGGGGCACCAGGUCAGCACAACUUCUGAGUGUGUCCAGAGAGCUCCUGGAAUGGGCCUCUCCUCGCCUGUCCACCCUGCGGGCAGCGUACUUGCCAGGGCGACACAAUCAGGUCGCAGAUUUUCUCUCCCGCCAAGAGUCCCCUCCGGGAGAGUGGUCCCUCCACAGAGACAUAGUGCUGAUGAUCUGGGACCGUUUUGGUCAGGCAGAGAUAGACCUGUUUGCGACGGAAGAGUCGACUCAGUGUCCCCUAUGGUACUCUCUUACGGGGGCGUCGGGUGCGCUAGGCCAGGACGCAUUGGCUCAUCCUUGGCCAAGGGUCCUUCUAUAUGCCUUUCCACCCCUUUCUCUAAUUUGGCCAACCCUUCAGAGAGUCCUCGAGGAGGGCCACAGGAUGCUGCUGGUGGCUCCGUAUUGGCCAGUGCGACCAUGGUUCCCACUACUACGAAGUCUAUGUCAGGGCGUCCCAUGGUGUCUUCCGACCAGAAGGGACUUGCUGUCUCAGUUGGGGGGACUGAUAUGGCACCCCAAUCCUCAACGUCUUCGGCUGUGGGUGUGGCCACUGCAAGGCUAGGACAGCAGCUGACUGGAGUUUCGAGCCCCGUCAGACGCACCAUCCUGGGCGCCAGGGCACCCUCUACUCGUCAGCAGUACGAAAACAGGUGGCGCCUGUUUUCCCAAUGGUGUUCGGAUCACAAGAAGGAUCCAGUCUCCUGUACAAUACCCACCAUUCUGGAGUUUCUCCAGUCUCUACUUGGUAAGGGUCGCUGUCCUUCGACGCUUAAAGUUUAUGUA